AUGGCUUCAUGGAUGACACAGGCGGUGGAGAUGUUGAAAGAGGCGGGAUACCUUCCUCCCGACCCCGAAGGCAUGGACCCUGCUCUGUUCGAGGAGCGAAGCAAGAAAUUCGACACGAACUGGAGGUUCUGGUCGUUCUUCAUCACGUUCAUGGCUGUGACAACGAUAGGAUCAAAAGUCUUCCCCAAGGAUCCGAAACCCGUGAAGAAGAAGGAGGACAAGGAGGCGAAGGGCAAGGGGAAGGACAAGGGCAAGGGGGCAGAGGAGAAGAAAGAGGACACGCAGGAGGCUGAACAACCAGCGGCAUCGCCUGCGGAGUCCACCGGGGUUCUCCACGACCUUGUGUUCAAGUACAUCCCCUACAUGGUCAUAGCCUUCUGCCUUGUCCAGAUUGUCACAGUCGCUUUCUUCCCCAACCAGAAGCUCUUCUUUACAACUCAAGACUCCCAGCCCCUGGUCACCAAGGUUGAGUACUACCUGGGGUCCAAAGUCCUCAAGCAGGUCAACGAGCAAGCGAGUCGCAAGGGCUGGACUGAUCCCCUCCAAGAUCCUUUCAACGGCGACCUUGCUUCCGGGUGCCGCCUGUCGUUCCAUGGACCUGGAAUCGAGCACUUCAAGAAGGGAGAGAAGUUCCAGGACCUUCAGAACUUCUUCGACCGAGCGGUCAUCUCGGACGCAAACGCCUGGGUUCUUUCUUCGGUUUCGUUGAAAGGGGUCAACGACUUGAAGACGGAGGUUCUUAGACCCUACCGGGGGGUCUACCCGCUCUCCAACUCUUCCGCAGGAAACUAUGUAGCCAGUCAGGUGGAUAUCAUCUGGCUCUCCGUCCCCGAGGAUGCAGUGGGAGGGCAGGUCCACGUGUACGACAGGGCGAGGGGCGACCCUAGGGGCAAGCAGUCUGUGCUUGACAAGCCCGACCAGGUCAUGAGGAGGGAGAGGCGAUUGAGGUUGGUGAAGGACAUCAAACAGACGGUCGAUCCUGAGGAAAACAGCAACAUCGUCGUGCGAGGGGACGCCUUCUAUCGGGUUCUUGGUUUCCGUGCGGACAUCUCGCAGGAGCACAUGCGGCUCCUCAUCCUCGAGCAGUACAUCGUGCCGGAAACCCUGUGA